UGCGGCACCAGACAAGGUCUCCCCUCGAGUUGCAGGAGAGCACACGGACAGAGCCGGGGGAAGAGCCGAUCAUAAACACUCGCCAUGGCUCAGAAGACAGUCCUGAUUGUGUACGCCCACCAGAGUGGGGGGUCCUUUAACUCGGCAGCGAAGGACGUUGCCGUGGAAGCCCUCAGACAGCAGGGCUACAAGGUCGUUGUGUCUGACCUCUACGCCAUGAACUUCAGAGCCUCCGCCACUAUGGACGAUAUCACAGGUGAGGUGAAGAACCCGGAGCACUUCAAGUACGGAGAGGAGACCAUGGAAGCCUGGAAGGAGGGUCGACUCAGUGAUGACAUCAUAGCUGAGCAGCGGAAAGUGGAGGCGGCGGAGCUCGUCAUCUUCCAGUUCCCUCUGUACUGGUUCAGUGUUCCAGCCAUCAUGAAGGGCUGGAUAGACAGAGUCCUGACUCAAGGCUUUGCCUUCUCACUGCAGAAGAUGUACAACAAUGGAAUAUUCAAGGACAAGAAAGCCAUGUUGUCGUUCAGCACUGGAGCUAUGCAGACUAUGUACCGCCCUGACGGCCUCAACGGAGACAUUAACGUCACACUGUGGCCCCUACAGAACGGCGUCCUUCACUUCUGUGGGUUCCAGGUGCUAGCCCCCCAGGUGUUCUGGUGUCCUGGACACAGCCCCCCCGCUACACGGACAGCCAUGCUGGAUGGCUGGAGGGCCAGGCUGAAGACCCUGCUGGUCGAGCGACCUCUGACCUUUGCCCCCAGCGAGCUGUUUGACCUGACCUUCCCCGGGGGCUUCAUGCUGCGGCCGGAGGUCAGAGAGGAGCGGAGCACCCACCCCCACGGCAUCACCACCGGACACCACCUGGGGAAACCCCUCCCCCCUGACAACCAGCUGAAGGCUGAAGGCUGAUAACCCUUGGAGAGUAAUUUAUCCAAUAGAACCCAGAGAGUCUUCUUCAGUGGAAGCUUCUCUAAAAUCAGAUACAGUUGAAGUCGGAAGUUUACAUACACCUUAGCCAAAUACAUUUAAACUCAGUUUUUCACAAUUCCUGA